GGGAAGUUUACAGUGCGCUGUCGGACUUUUGGAGAGUUCAGUGUUGUGCGCUCUCUGUGCGUCACACGCUCGAAAACCUCCACUGGAAGCGCACGACUCCACCGACUAUUAUACAUGCAAAUACAGCCGAGACUCCAGCUCCUCUGCGAACACAACAGGCUCCGUUUUCUCCCCAAGCUUGAAUUCACUUCUACUUGUGGCUGCAUCUUAGGAGUGAAAUGGAUGUCAUCCCCAUGUGUAGCAUCUUCCAGGAGCUCCAGAUCGUGCAUGACACCGGAUACUUUUCAGCUUUACCGUCUCUGGAGGAGUACUGGCAGCAGACAUGCCUCGAGCUGGAGAGGUACCUCCAGAGCGAGCCCUAUGUCUCGGCCACGGACCUGAAGUUUGAGAACCAGGAGGACCUGUGGAGCAAGUUAAUGCUGGCCUGCGGGGACAAGUCGAACGACACGGACCCAAAGAUCCCCCACAUCAAGGAGGAGGAAGACAAUCAGGACAACCAGCACGUCGACACCGGCGGCUUCAACUCUGACGCCAGCAGCGAGGCCUCGGACAGCUCCGAGGAGCUCUCCCCUACCCUCGACUUCUCCUCCGGCUCUUUGACUGACAUUCUGGGCGACGGUGGCGAAGACCUGGGCUCUGCCAUCAUCAGCACGCCGCCGUCCUCACCCGAGCUGGGCAAGGAGGGCUCGGUAGCCCGGGUGUGGAGUGGGAUACAGACUGUGCUGCACUCGCCUGGGAAAAUAAGGACUGGGGGCAUGGAGAGGACCCUCGAGAGGUCGGGGCUCACCAGUGGGGAGACGUCGCCUGACGGGAGGAGGCGGGUGCACAGGUGUCAAUUCAACGGGUGCAGGAAGGUGUACACCAAGAGCUCGCACCUCAAAGCACACCAGCGCACACACACAGGUGAGAAGCCCUACAGGUGUUCAUGGGAGGGCUGCGAGUGGCGCUUUGCACGAAGCGAUGAACUCACCAGACACUUCAGGAAGCACACUGGAGCAAAGCCAUUCAAAUGCAGUCACUGCGACAGGUGUUUCUCCCGUUCUGACCACCUGGCACUGCACAUGAAGAGGCACAUCUAAGAUGGCCUCCUUGUCGAGAGCUCUGGGGGAUGAUUCUGGUUGAUUGUCCCGACCUGUGUGGGGGAUCAGCGAGGCCGGUGUGUCCUGGGAGCGCUAACAGGAGCACCGCCAUGUUCCAGGCAGUGGAAAAACACGAAGCAACGCAGGCUAUUAUUUGCACCAUACUUAGUGCCUCCAACACCUCGCUGUGGAGAUUGCUCUUGAAAGGCUUUUUACAGAGGAGCGGGAGGGCGGGGAGAGACUCGAGAGAAAAAAAAAACAGAAAAAAAAUAAAUAAACGGGAAAAAUCUGGGCUGGAGAAGAUGGGAAGAGACUCUUCUGUAUGGUGUUCGAUGCUUUUUUUCCUGGAGGAUUAUGGGACUCCUGUGGGGGUGCCGUUCCUCCAAUGACAGUGUGUUUGCCUGUGCGCAUGAGGACUGUGAGUGCCUGCGACUGGGUGCCUGUGCUGGCUUUAUGGAGCAGAUGGAGCUUGUAUUUGUGGAAGCUCGAGUGAAUGAAUGACAUGGAGAGGGUGAUGUUAUGCGAGGGAGUCUUUUUUUUUUUUUUUUUUUUUUUUUGGGCGGGGGGGGGAGGAUAGCUGUUGUCUCUCUGAGAAUGAAUGCAAGCAAAAGAAAAAAAAAAACAAAAAAAGGUUCUGUCUGUGAUGUUUGAGUCUCUUGGCUGUGGAGAGGAGUAAGAGGGGUGGGGAGGGGUGCUUGUUUGGUCGAGCUGAUUUUUGCGAGAGAGCGCCCCCUUUGUGCCCGGAGGUGGGACUGUAGCUCCCGGUUAAAAAGUGGGAGGUCGUUUUGUUUAGUGCAGCUAUUAAAUGUGCAAUGUAUUACUUAGCCUGUCUCAAACCAUACACGCUAUAAAAGCUCAUUUUGUUGUCCAUUGUGUAAGCUCUGUAUCUUAAAAGGACAAAAACAAAAAAAAACUAAAAAAAUGACAACGGUUGUACACAAACAGUUACCGCCAUUAUAACAGAAGUUGCAUGGGAUCUGGGGGGAUGUGUUGCUCACCUGUUUGCUUAUAGGACAACAAAAUUCCAUUCAAGAGCAGCUACCUUCAUAUUAUGCUACCAUAGUAUUGUACAAAACACAUAAGGCAGUCAUUUUUUUUAUUUUUUUUUUUAUUGAUAAUUUGGGGAUACCACUAUUGCUUGGCAACUGUCUUGACCAUGGGAUUUUUGUUCACUUUUCUUCACUUUUGCUCUUCUCUCUUUUUUUUUUCUAUCUGUAAAUGCACUGUUUACCUUACUGAUGCCUUAUGUAAGUGGCCUUGUCCUGUUAAAUAGAUCACUCUUUCUCUCUCUCACACACAACCACACACACACACACCAAACGGGGGUUGCGAUUGCAGUAGUUAUUGUAGUAGUUAUUGAAUAGCUUUAUAAAGGCUCUGAUCCAUACAGUCACACCUUUUUGCCCUUUUUGUCUCAAGACAGACUCUUCUAAACUCCUGAAUAAUAAUAAAAAAAACCUAUAUAUCAGCUUCAUAAUGACUGCCAUUUUUACAUUUCUGUGCAUUCUAUAUCAUAACUAUAUCAGAACUAAAUCAUAUUCUUCAAAAUGACCCAGGCCUGAGACAGAAUUGUGGAGCACUUGGAAAAAGCAAUUCAGUUUUGUAAUGGUUUUACUACUAUGUAGUAUAAGAUAGUGCACGGAUGCACAUCAGAGAGACUGUAACUUGCUGUCAAAGGUACAGAGUCUUGGAAACAUGUUCUCAUGAAAUGUGGCAUGCUCAGUCAGCAAGUUCCCGACAAAUUUAAGAUUUUUGCUGCAAAGAAAAACAUUGACAUCAGAGCCAUUUAUAUCAGUUGAUGUGUCAAAGGCUUGCAGGCUUAAAAGAAGGCAGCGUCCUUUUGAGUAAUGACAGCAUUCUCAAUCAUGAGGCUGCUUUGUUGUGUUUGUGUGUUUUGGCGAGUCUCACCCUCGGGGAGUCUGACUCUUUACUCAGUCCUGGUUUAAACAGCAACCCAUCAUCUGACUAAACGGUACCGAAAAAACCAGUUGAACCAGUUCAGCUGAGCUGCGUCGCAGGUCUAGAGGUUUCUGUCUUUUUCUCUGCAGGCGACCAGGGGAGAGAGACUAGAACCAGAUGUAUGUCUGUACUUCACUAUAUGCAUGUUUUAACUUCAGUUACAUGACUUCAACGCACUCCUCUGUGGGUUGAUAUAAAUUCUCUGCUCUCUCGGAUUUUUUUCAGAAUCCCUUCAGUUCACAAUUAGGAAACAUUUCGGAGCCACAGUGACGAUGUAUGGGAGACAUAUGGAAAUGUUGAAAACGAACUUGUCUGCUUUAAAUGGUCAUAAAAAUUUGGUGCCUGUCACUCAGUAGUCAACAUCACAGGUAGCCUUGUUACAACUCAACAACUGUAAAGGUGAACCUUAAAGAACAUUCAAGAAAGUCAGUAUGCCAAUGGUUCUUUUUACACUGAGAAAUGUCAAAAAAAAAAAAAAAUUGCAAAGAUUAUGUACAUUGUAAACUAAGAGAAUUUUGUAUGGAAGCUUCUAUUUUGAAAGGAUAUGGGACCAAAAACAAAGUGCAAGUGUGUUGUUUCUAAACAUGAACCAAUAAAGACAAAGAGGCUGAAGAAUUACUGUAAAAUAGACACACGCCAUUCUCCUUCAUUUUGCUUCUGUACCAUCUUUUUGUUUUUGAUUUGACUGGAGAAAAGCUAGAGCAAAUGUACAUUUUAAAAAGGCAUCAAUAGCGCCUACACCUGUGGCCUAUCAUCUUUCAAGAAAAAAAAAAACAAAACCAAAAAAAAACAAAACAAAAAACAAAACAAAACAAAAAAAAAACAACUUUUCAGACGUGAAUUGUUCUGGACACUUGAAUUGUUCUAAUUUUGCAUUCUGGUGCCUGCUAAGUAUUAUGUUUGUUUUUUUUUGUUUUUUUUUUAUUUGCCAUGUGAUUUCUUUCUGAACUUUUCAAAGACCUGCAAAGACGCCCUAUCUUUAGCUAGAGAAUCUUUAUUGGAUAAACAUGGAGAUAAAAUAUGAGGCUCUAUUUUUGUUUGUUUUAUGUUAUAACAAGAUUUUUUCAUUUGAAAUUGUUUUGUAAAAUAGUUUCUGUAUGAAUGUAUUUUUUAUUGGAAAAUCGAUAAAAAGAAUUUAUUGGA